AUAUCAUCAGUCUUUGAAUGUUGCAGAAGAAGAAAAGGAAAGUGGCUUCUUUUCUCCUCAGAUUGAUGACCAUUUUAGCGGAUCGCAUACUAAUGAAAUAAAUCUACUGAGUCAUUUUCCACAUUCUUCCAUGGGUUCUCGGUCUGGUUUCAUCUCGGACAGUUGCUCCAUUGGGAAAGGGAACCCUUCUGGAAUUGAAGGGCCACUAGAAUUCAACAGUUCAAGGCAUGAAAGUUCCACAAGUCUCUGUGAUAACACUCUUGAAGGGGACACUGAAGCCACUAAAAAGUUAGAUGGUGAAGAAAUUGAAAAAUAUCAGGCUCCAACUUGCAGGCAGGUUUCUGCCUUCGAUGUACUGUGUGCUGCAUGCAAGCAACUGCUUUUUCGACCUGCAGUGCUCAACUGUGGCCAUGUGUAUUGUGAAUCCUGUAUUGUAACUCCAGGGGUUGAAUUGCUUAGAUGUCAAGUUUGUCAAAGUUCCCAUCCAACAGGGUUGCCAAAAGUAUGUUUGGAGCUGCAUCAUUUCUUGGAGGGACAAUUCCCUGAAGGAUAUGAGCUGAGAAGAGAGGCAGUUCAUUCCUGUCAAAGUGGAAGAGCAUCAGCUUGUAUGUUUCAACCAUCUGCAACACAAGAUGUGAAACAAGGUGCAAAGUCAUUAUUUCCACCUAAAGACUUGUUUUAUUGGUUGAGAGAGCAUGGAUCAAAAGUUCACAUUGGAUUUGGUUGUGAUUCUUGUGGGAUGUUUCCAAUAAUCGGAGAGAGAUACAAUUGCAAAGACUGUAUGGAGAAAGUAGGCUUUGAUCUCUGUGGAGAAUGUUAUAAUACUUGCUCCAAGCGUCAAGGAAAAUUCAAUCAACAGCACACACCUCAGCAUAAGUUUGCGCUUAUUUCACCAGAAAAGUCACAAAAGUUUAUGCGGAGGAUGAUGGCAAAACUAUCUACUGGUGGUUCUGUUUCUAUUCUCUCUAGUGAUUCUUCAGAGGAUUCACAAGAGGCUUUGUCUGAUCCUCUUCAUGGUGAUGCUCUGGAAGUUCUAGAAGAUGGUUCUGUUGCUCCCAUAAAUUCCUAUGAUGCUCCAGAGGAUCAAGAAGAUGCUUUGCCUGUUCCCCUGCUCUAUGGUGAUGAUCUGGAGGUUGCUGAUAAUGAUUCUGGUGCUCAAAUCUGAUCUGAUGAUGCUCUCAUACCACCUUCCAAAAAUGAAGAGAAGGGGUUAUGAACCAUGGCUGAGUUGGAGGCUUUAAAGGGCAAGGAUCAAACGAUGAACAGCACCAGAGGACAAAUUUUUGCAUCAUAGAUAGGGUAUUGGUGCUCAAUCAGUGGAACAGAUAUGACUAGAGGACAUGUAGUACAAGAGAUUCUGUGUCUUGGCUUACCCAAAUAUAGAAACCUUCACCUUAUGCAAGUUCUGUUCAUAUCAUUUGUGUACUUCAUCUGUUUAUCUUAAAUUUUAUAUAUGGUGUAUCACAAAAAUGUUGUUUACCGGAGAAUGAAAGUGAGGAGUACUUUAAUUUAAGUAUAAUAAAUCAUCUUUUUUGAAAAGAAAA